UAGUCUUCCACUGUUCUUUUACCCUAUCUUCUUCACCCAUCUCUCUUUCACCUAUAACAUUAUCUUCAUGUUCCUUCAAUCUUCAUCCCCUCUCUCUCAAAACCUCUUGAAGCAUAUAGUAGUUCAAUAUUUUCUUCUUUUUCUUCCAAAUUUUUUCUUGUUUCUACUCCUACCAAGCUUCUAAAACCAAACCCUAUCUUUUAUUUUCACAAAUAGUACUAAAGAUCCAAUCAAGCUAGAUCAGAAAAGAAAGAAAAAAAGACAAGUAACUAUGAAUUCUCUUCAAGAAUUUGAAUCAUCAACCAACAACAAAGACAUGAUGAACACAAACCCUAUGAUCAACAUAACAAACCCAUCAUCAUCGAUGACGAUGACCAUACCAUCAUCCUCUACAACAUCAGCAUCAUCCUCAUCAACAGCAACAACAUCACCACCAUCAACAACAUCAACAACGACACCAAGUAGAUACGAGAAUCAAAAGAGAAGAGAUUGGAACACAUUUGGACAAUACCUAAGAAACCAUAGACCACCACUUUCACUCUCACGUUGUAGUGGAGCUCAUGUCCUUGAAUUCUUGCGAUACCUCGACCAAUUUGGAAAAACUAAGGUUCAUACUCUGAUUUGUCCCUUUUAUGGACAUCCAAAUCCACCUGCAUCAUGUCCAUGUCCUCUUCGCCAAGCGUGGGGUAGUCUUGAUGCACUUAUUGGGAGACUUAGAGCUGCUUUUGAAGAGAAUGGUGGGAAGCCAGAAGCUAAUCCUUUUGGUGCCCGUGCUGUUCGACUUUACCUUCGCGAAGUUAGGGAUUCUCAAGCUAAAGCUAGAGGUAUUAGUUAUGAGAAAAAGAAGCGCAAGCGUCCGCCUCAGCCGCCACCACCACCACCAUCAAAUAAUGCAACUAUAACUGAUCUUCACUAGUAAGUCUUGAGAUCAGUACAUGGGAUUAUUGCAGUGUGAGAUGUGCAAUGGAAACUGCAGUGGAAGGUGGGAAAUAGCAGCAGUGUGAUAGAGAGCAAAUAAUUUGAAGUAGCUGUUAGUAGUAGCAACAGUAACUAAAGGGUUUGAGUUUGUGUGACCAAUUAUUCACGGUCCAAUUUGUAAUAAAUUUGUGUGUACUUGAAGGUGAGUCAUUUAUGACUGAGUAAUGAAUUUGCAGAUCAUGUUUCA